AUAUUUUGUUGAUGGCCCUUUACAAUUCACAUCUUGAUGUAAUGGCUUUAUGGUUUUGUAGCAUUGACUUUACUGUUUUAUGGCUUCACACUAUCCAGCAAAGAUUAUGAAAGACACAGCAAAUGUGAUUGUUGAUCAUAGCGAACACCUGUAAACCUGAGACAUAUUAUUAUACCUUCCUUAUUAGAAUUUUAUCUGUACAAAUGGCUCUGGUGCCAAUAUGACAAAUCUACUUGCUACAUGAUGUUUGAAUGCUAAGUUUUUCUGCUAGAUACUUACAUAAACAAAUCCAGAGAAAAUGUUGCUUUUAUUCUUGUUGAAUUGCAUUUUUCACAAUGCAUGGUCCUUUUAUGUUCCUGGUGUGGCUCCACAAGAAUUUAAGAAGGAAGCACUUUUAGAUAUCAAGGCUGUCAAAAUGACAAGCGUGAAAACACAGUUACCCUUUGAUUAUUAUUCACUGCCUUUCUGUGAACCAGCAGAGAAACAUUACGUUCCUGAAAAUUUGGGUGAAAUAUUGCGAGGAGAUAGAAUUGUAAAUACACAAUAUAUUGCUAAGAUGGACACUCCAACUCCUUGUGAAGUUGUUUGUCCAAAGAAGAAGCUAAGUAAAGAAGAGUCUCAGCUGUUUGUCAAACGUAUAAAAGAAGAUUAUGUAAUCCAUAUGAUAAUUGACAACUUACCAGCAGCUACAAAAUAUUACCUGGAAGAUGGGAAGCCACAAUAUGAUCAUGGCUUUCGUUUAGGAAGUGUAGUUGGAGAAAAAGUAUUUCUCAAUAAUCACUUGAAAUUUUCAAUCAACUACAAUAAACCUGAGGAUGGAGAAUCGUAUCGUGUUGUUGGGUUUGAAGUUAUUCCAGAAAGUCUUGGUGGCAUAACAGCAGUAACUGGUUCUAAUUCAUGUACUCUUCCCAACAAAGAUAAAGUUGGAUUGGAGCUAAAACCGGACUCUGAAAAUGAAGUCCAAUUUUCAUUUGAGGUCACUUGGGUUGCAAGCACAAUACGUUGGGCUUCUAGGUGGGACAAAUAUCUUGAAAUGAGCAACGUGCAAGUCCAUUGGUUCGCAAUCAUCAAUUCAUUUGUUAUUGUUCUCUUCCUGACAGGAAUAUUAGCUAUGAUUAUUGUUCGAACUCUUCGACGUGAUAUUGCCAAGUACAAUAGAGAUGAAGAUAUGGAAGAAGCCAUUGAAGAAACUGGUUGGAAGUUGGUGCAUGGUGAUGUGUUCCGUCCACCUCGUUAUCCAUUGAUCUUGUCAGCUUUAUUAGGAUCUGGUGUGCAAUUAUUUUGCAUGGUACUUAUAACAAUAGUUUUUGCCAUGCUUGGUAUGUUAUCACCUGCUAGUCGUGGAAGUUUGAUGACUGCUAUUAUAUUUCUGUAUGUUUUCAUGGGAGUAUUUGCUGGAUACUAUUCCGGACGUCUGUACAAAACGCUGAAAGGUGUGCAUUGGAAAAGAGCUGCUUUUACGACUGGUGUCUUAUAUCCUGGCUUCGUGUUUUCAAUCUCAUUUUUCUUGAACUUCUUCUUGUGGGGUAAACAAUCUUCAGGUGCUAUUCCAUUUACUACAAUGAUCGCGCUGUUUUGUUUAUGGUUUGGAAUCUCAAUUCCGCUAGUGUAUUUAGGGUAUUUCUUUGGAUUUCGAAAGGCUCCAUACGGUCAACCGGUUCGUACUAAUCAAAUUCCACGUCAAGUUCCAGACCAAGUUUGGUAUAUGCAUCCAAUUGUUGGAAUGAUGAUGGCUGGCAUCUUACCAUUUGGUGCUGUCUUUAUUGAGUUAUUUUUUAUUCUCACGGCUAUUUGGGAGAAUCAGUUUUAUUAUUUAUUUGGCUUUUUGUUUCUGGUAUUUGUAAUUCUUGGAAUAUGUUGCUCAGAAAUCGCCAUAGUGAUGAUUUAUUUUCAACUUUGUGGAGAGGAUUAUCAUUGGUGGUGGAGAUCAUUUGCGAUGUCAGGCGCAUGCGCUCUUUACGUAUACUUCUAUGCAAUCUUUUAUUUUUUCACCAAGCUGGAAAUUGUAAGCUUCGUUUCUGGUAUGGUGUAUUUUGGCUACUCUCUCAUCAUGAUGUUUUCAUUCUGGAUUAUAACUGGAACCAUAGGAUUUUUCGCCACAUAUUGGUUCAUAGGAACAAUAUAUUCUGCAGUUAAGAUUGAUUAAUCUUGUGUCAGUUAUGACGAACUGGAAGACGUAAUAAAAUUCUUACACCAGGCGAUUGGCAAGCUAAACUCGUACAGCGCAUAAUUUGAUAUUCCUUUCUAUGCACAAAAUGUCUCAAUGCGACGACUUUGCCCCUUCAUAAGUUUUACCCCGCAUAUCUCUUUUAUCUUUAUAUUUAGUGCGACUUGAUUUGAAAAACGAUGGCUUUUAUGCGUUUAACAUGUUGAGAGUCUCACUUCUUAUCAGGUUAGCGACAACAGUAUCGACUGUGCGAGAACACGCAAUACGUUUUGUUUGACGUUUACAGUAUGUAAAAUGCUCAAUAUUUUUCUAGUUUUACAAUAUAUUUUUUGCACUUUUUACACAUUUUACAAACUAAGUAGAGUCGAUAAACUAAAGGAAAUUUCUAUGGAUGUCUUGUUUUUAUGUUCAGGAAGUUAACUUUUAAAUGCAUCCUAUAGAAUUCUUAAGAAUUAACCUGUUUUUUGUAUCAAGUUCAUGUAAUUUUAUAAGUAAUUGCACCCUUGUUUCCAGGUUUACUUUUAAUUUUUUUAUAUACGGACAGUGUAGUGCCUGAGACUGAAUUUGAUGUGAUAUUUUCCAAAUUAACGUUUAUUUAUUAAUCAGGGUAGGGUUUAUGUGUAUGUCUGUACGUUUUUGUUGAUAUGCCAAUAUCACUAAAAA